UAUGUUUAGAAAGAAAAAGUGAAUAAUGAAAGAAAUAUAUUCAAAGAUUUGUCGUUUAUGUUUACAAAUAACAAAUGAUUUACUACCAAUUCACGAUUCAUCAGACACUAUAUGUAAUACAAUAAUGGCUUGUACUGUUAUUAAAAUUUCCAAAGAUGAUGGUUUGCCUGACAAUAUAUGUACAAGUUGUAUGCAAAAACUCAAUAGCUCUUAUGAAUUCAAACAGCUAUGUGAAACCUCUGAUGUUUUUCUUAGAAAUUAUGAUAUAGGUGUAGACAGUGUAGAAUUUGAACCUGAAACUGUUAAAGACGAAGAAAUAAUUGUAGUAAGUCCAACAGUCAAAGAUGAAGUAGCAAUUAGUGUAAAGGAAGAAGAACUAGCAGAAAAAACAGUAUCAGAACAAUUUGAAAUUAUAUACGCUUAUAGUGAUACAAUAGAAGAAAUCGAAGCUGAUGACAGUUUAGUACAAUAUGAACCUGAACCUCAACCUGAACCUGAGCCUGAGCAAAAAGUAACAGAAAAACCACAAAUUCCAGAUUUACUGCCUAUUAAAAAACAAAAAUCUGGUAGAAAAAAAGUACUAAGACGGCUAGGAAAAAAGUUUCCAAACAAGAAAGUAGUACUGAGUGUAAAAUUUGUCAUAAAGUGUUCUCUCAUGCCGGUAACAUGAAACGUCACGCUCUAAUCCACCAGGGUAUCAAACCACACGCUUGUCACUUGUGUGGUAAGAAAUUUUCACGAUCUAGUACUUUAAAAGAACACUUAGAUAUAUUCCAUGCCAAGAAUAUUAAAGAAUACAAUUGUAAGCUUUGUGACUUCACAAAUUUACGUAGAAAUGAAUUAUCAAUGCAUAUGGUAAUAGAACAUAACAUUGGAACCUUAAACAGUGUCAAACCGAGGUUCUCUAAACCAAAGCCCCAAACAUGCACUAUUUGCAAUAAAAUGUUAAGUUCAACUGCAGCUUUAAACAUGCACAUGAAAAUACACAAUAACGUUAGAGAACAUUUGUGCAGGCAUUGUGGUCGUGCCUUUCAUCACAAAGCUGGUUUAGAAAA